CCCCCUCCCCUUUCCCUCGCCGUCAUGAGCGCGCUCAACUUCCUCGCGCCGCGUCCGUUCGUGCAUCCAGAGACAUGGGAGGGCGUCGAGUACAAGUGGAAGUUCUUGGUCUUCCGGCCGGGGUACUUUAAGCUAGAGGGGUACAUCCUCGCCGCGGUCGUGGUCUACCUCGUUUUGUUCUUUUAUGGCAAGUCCGCGAAUGCGCGGAAGGCCAACGCCUGGUUCUCCGCACACAGGCCGCUUCUCGAGGCCAACUUCUCCAAGCCUGCUGCGGGCGGACUCAUUCAGGACGGCUAUUCAGACUUCUUUGCAUUCUCCACUGGGCGCCGGAAUGUCGCGUCCCUUCACGCGAUCUUCGCCCUGCGCCCGCGUCACGACCCCUUCCAAAUCCUCGCGCAAACAGGAUACGCGGCCUUCGACCUCCAGUACCGUCCGCUCGAUGACCUCCAGCUGGACUUCCUCCUCCCGGCAUCACUGCCCGUAGACUUCGUAUGGGCGCUCGUGAACAAGGACGAACUUCGCGGGAUCAAGAAGGGCCGCUGGGACUUGACUUUGACACGUACGACGGAAAAUGGGGCUCUCCCGGGUUAUGUCUCUGUCAUGUCCGAGUUCGCGGACGUCACCGAAAAUAUACUCAAGCUCCCCGCGGGGCAGGCCCUGGUCAAGGUUUUGGAGGACCCUGCCAUCAAGCCCUACUUCCGAUCCCUAUCGAUUACUGACCAGCCGCGCGACCGCCCCAGCAGUGUCGGCGAGUUCGAGGAUCGCCAGAAACACGUAAUUCUGAGCCUUGUAGCGCCACCGCCGUCCAGUGCAUCUGUUGACGCUCCUCUCAUUACCGCGGUUUUCGACCUCAUCGACCAAUUAUCGCGCGUCUCUCUUCGCCCUGAGACCAAGAACAAGCUUCGGGCGGCGCGUGCUGAAGUCGUCAAGGAGCUCAAGAAGGAAGAGGAAGAGAGGAAAGCCGAAGAAUCCGGUGUCGAAGAUAAGAAGGCCGCCAAGCGCCGCGCAGAGCAGGAGCGCAUCGCGAAGCUUCCUGCGGCAGAGCAACAGAAGAUUCUUGAGCGCGAGAGGAAGCGUCAGUACAAGAAGGCGAGCAAGGUCGUGCGCAAGUAAAAGCGUCUCCUUCAUGCGGGGACUGCCGUGCACCGAUGUCAAAGGGAUGUACCACAAUGCUGUAUCUGCUGUACACUCUCGUAGGCGCUCAAUGCACCGUCCUGGAAACAGGACGUCGAAAUUGGUAUAUUUUGCGCCAAGAACACGG